AACAGUAGAUUGUUAUUCAUGGCAAGCUAAACGUUAGGUAGUGAGGGUUAGAGUAGAAGUUACAUAUUAGUGGUAUUAAUCACGGUUAGCGUAAUACUGAAUAUAACAGAUUUUAUAUUAAUUAUAGUUUCAUGAGAACUCAAAAUUGAAUUGGAUUAUGUAUGAGCCAGAAGAUGAUCCUAUGCUUGAUGAAGAUGAUUCUGAAGAAAUUUCUCCAGAACUUUGGCAGGAAGCUUGUUGGAUUGUCAUUAGUGCAUAUUUUGAUGAAAAAGGUCUAGUGCGACAGCAGCUGGACUCAUUUGAUGAAUUUAUUCAGAUGUCAGUACAGAGAAUUGUGGAAGAUACACCGCAGAUUGACUUACAAGCUGAAGCACAGCAUGUUAGUGGUGAAAUAGAAACACCUCCACGCUAUUUAUUAAAGUUUGAACAGAUUUACUUGUCAAAACCAACUCAUUGGGAAAAAGAUGGUGCCCCAAGUCCUAUGAUGCCAAAUGAAGCUAGACUUCGAAAUUUAACAUACUCAGCACCCUUGUAUGUGGACAUCACUAAAACUGUGAUAAGAGAGGGUGAAGAUCCAAUUGAAACACAACAUCAGAAGACUUUUAUUGGAAAAAUUCCUAUAAUGCUGAGGUCUGCUUAUUGCUUGUUGAGUGGUUUAACUGACAGGGAUUUAACAGAGUUUAAAGAAUGUCCUUUAGAUCCUGGAGGUUAUUUCAUUAUUAAUGGAUCGGAAAAGGUUCUUAUUGCUCAAGAAAAAAUGGCAACCAACACUGUUUAUGUAUUUUCUAUGAAAGAUUCUAAGUAUGCUUACAAGACAGAGUGUAGAUCAUGCCUUGAACAUUCUUCAAGACCAACUAGCACUUUGUGGGUUAAUAUGUUGGCCAGAGGAGGACAGGGUGUACGAAAGAGUGCUAUUGGCCAGAGAAUUAUAGCAAUUCUUCCAUAUAUCAAACAGGAAAUUCCAAUCAUGAUUGUGUUCAGAGCUUUGGGUUUUGUGGCAGACCGAGACAUUCUUGAACACAUCAUCUAUGAUUUUGAUGAUCCAGAAAUGAUGGAAAUGGUGAAGCCAUCUCUGGAUGAAGCUUUUGUAAUUCAGGAGCAGAAUGUAGCUCUAAACUUCAUUGGAUCUAGAGGUGCUAGACCAGGUGUGACUAAAGAGAAACGGAUUAAGUAUGCCCGAGAAAUUCUUCAAAAGGAGAUGUUACCUCAUGUUGGAGUUAGUGAUUUUUGUGAAACUAAGAAAGCUUAUUUUUUGGGAUACAUGGUUCAUAGAUUACUACUAGCAGCUCUUGGACGAAGGGAACUUGAUGAUCGAGACCACUAUGGAAAUAAGAGGCUGGAUUUGGCUGGUCCUUUGCUUGCUUUCCUUUUUCGUGGGUUAUUCAAGAACCUCACUAAAGAAGUCAGAAUGUAUGCUCAGAAGUUCAUUGAUAGAGGUAAAGACUUCAACUUAGAGCUGGCCAUAAAAACUAGGAUUAUCACCGAUGGCUUGCGCUACUCUCUUGCCACCGGAAACUGGGGAGACCAGAAGAAAGCUCACCAAGCCCGUGCUGGUGUGUCUCAGGUAUUAAACAGAUUAACCUAUGCCUCCACCCUCUCACAUCUCAGACGAGUAAAUUCUCCAAUUGGUCGAGAUGGCAAGCUGGCUAAGCCUCGACAGCUACACAACAGCCUUUGGGGAAUGAUAUGUCCAGCAGAAACACCUGAGGGUGCUGCUGUUGGCCUUGUGAAGAACCUGGCAUUGAUGUCCUAUAUUUCUGUGGGGUCUCAGCCUUCACCAAUUCUCGAGUUUUUGGAAGAAUGGAGCAUGGAAAACCUAGAAGAAAUAGCUCCAUCUGCUAUAGCAGAAGCAACAAAAAUUUUCGUCAAUGGUUGUUGGGUAGGAAUUCAUAGAGAUCCAGAUCAGUUAAUGAACACCUUAAGAAAGUUGAGAAGACAAAUGGAUAUCAUUGUAUCAGAGGUGUCUAUGGUACGUGACAUUCGAGACCGAGAAAUUAGAAUAUUUACAGAGGCGGGGAGAAUUUGUCGACCACUGUUGAUUGUAGAGAACCAGAAACUGUUAUUGAAAAAACAUCAUAUAGAUAUGUUAAAGAAGAGAGAGUUUAACAACUACAGUUGGCAAGACUUGGUGUCUAGUGGUGUAGUAGAAUAUAUUGACACUCUAGAAGAAGAAACGAUCAUGCUGGCUAUGAACCCUGAUGAUCUACAGGACAAGGGGUUGUCAUACUGUUCAUCAUACACCCAUUGUGAAAUCCACCCAUCCAUGAUACUUGGUGUUUGUGCUUCCAUUAUUCCUUUCCCUGACCAUAAUCAGUCCCCACGAAAUACGUACCAGUCUGCCAUGGGUAAACAAGCUAUGGGAAUCUAUAUCACAAACUUUCAUGUACGGAUGGACACUUUGGCACAUGUGCUUUACUAUCCACAGAAGCCCUUGGUAACAACUCGAUCUAUGGAGUACUUAAGGUUCAGAGAACUUCCUGCUGGAAUCAAUGCUAUUGUUGCAAUCAUGUCCUAUACAGGCUACAACCAAGAAGAUUCUGUCAUUCUCAAUGCUUCAGCCAUUGAUCGUGGGUUUUUCAGGUCUGUUUUCUACCGAUCUUACAAAGAUGCAGAAAGUAAAAGAAUAGGAGAUCAAGAGGAACAGUUUGAGAAGCCUACCAGAGAAACAUGUCAAGGAAUGAGAAAUGCCAUAUAUGACAAGUUAGAUGAUGAUGGGAUCAUUGCUCCUGGGACUAGGGUAUCUGGGGAUGAUGUGAUCAUUGGAAAGACCAUCACUUUGCCAGAAAAUGAUGAUGAACUGGAAGGAACUACUCGUAGGUUCACUAAACGAGAUGCCAGCACUUUCCUGAGAAACAGUGAGACUGGGAUAGUUGACCAGGUCAUGUUAACGCUAAAUGCUGAGGGUUACAAGUUUUGUAAAAUAAGGGUUCGGUCUGUACGUAUACCUCAGAUUGGUGACAAGUUUGCUAGCCGUCACGGACAGAAAGGAACCUGUGGUAUUCCUUACAGACAAGAGGAUAUGCCUUUCACAGCUGAAGGACUUACCCCUGAUAUAAUCAUCAACCCCCAUGCUAUUCCUUCCCGUAUGACUGUUGGGCACUUGAUUGAGUGUUUGCAGGGAAAGGUUUCUGCUAACAAGGGAGAGAUUGGUGAUGCUACACCAUUUAAUGACACAGUGAACGUGCAGAAAAUAUCCUAUCUUCUCCAAGAAUAUGGCUAUCACUUAAGAGGAAAUGAAGUAAUGUACAAUGGCCAUACUGGACGAAAGGUUAAUGCACAAAUUUUCUUGGGACCAACUUACUAUCAACGUCUAAAGCACAUGGUGGAUGAUAAAAUUCACUCCCGAGCUAGAGGCCCUGUACAGAUUCUUGUUCGACAGCCUAUGGAGGGUAGAGCCAGGGAUGGAGGUCUUCGUUUUGGUGAGAUGGAACGAGACUGUCAAAUCUCUCAUGGUGCAGCCCAAUUUUUGCGAGAAAGAUUAUUUGAAGUUUCUGACCCAUAUCGUGUUCAUGUUUGUAAUCUCUGUGGCUUGGUCUGUAUCGCUAAUCUGAGGAACAACACAUUUGAAUGCAAAGGCUGCAGAAAUAAGACACAGAUAUCACAAGUGAGGAUCCCUUAUGCCUGCAAGCUUCUAUUUCAAGAGCUAAUGGCUAUGUCAAUUGCCCCAAGGAUGAUGGUUACAUGAAGUUUUAAUGAAGCUAAUGAGAACAAUAAUGUAAAAUACUGUCAUAAAUGCUAGUGAAAACUUCCUUUGUGAAGAAUGGAUAAUAAAGAUUUUUUUUAUGGAGUGA